CCUCUUAGAUAUUGUAAAAUAAAUAAAUUAUUAAAAAAAGAAAAAGGAGAGAGAGAAAGAGAACGCCGCGCCUCCGCGCUACGGUUUCUAUCGGUCGGUGAUCUUCGCCGACCCAAUCAGUUCUUUCUUGGAAGAGAGAGAGAGAGAGAGAGAGAAUGGAGGCGAUACAGAGCCGAGUGGAAUCUUGGAUCAGAGAGCAAAAAGCGAAGAUCUUGAAGGUGUCUUGGGGCCCAUUGCAAUGGCGGAUGAGGUGGCCGCCGUGGAACGCCGGCGACCUGGAGCAGAGAAAGAAGCUUCAGCGGCGUCUCCGGAAGCAACUCCACGAUCUCUGCAUCGCCGUCAAGGCCGAUUCCCUCUCCGACUUGCAAGACAUCCUCUGCUGUAUGGUUCUCUCCGAGUGCGUCUACAAGAGACCGUCCACCGAGUUGGUUCGCGCCGUUAACAAAUUCAAAGCUGAUUUUGGAGGCCAAGUUGUUGCUUUCGAGCGUGUACAGCCUUCUUCCGACUACUAUUGCUUCAGGUAUUUGUUGGCAGAAGCAGGUGAUACAUUGUUUGCUUCCUUCGUUGGAACUAAGCAGUACAAGGAUGUUAUGACCGAUGCCAAUAUAUUUCAAGGCGCUAUAUUUCAUGAGGAUUCUGUGGAGGAAGUUGAUGGCACUGAAACGAACAAGUCCGAUCAGAGUGAAAGUCGAAGGGGAAAUGUGGAAAAUUUGUGGAACGCUUUAGAGUCAAAAUCUAAGCAACUGAAUGAUAAGUCUAAACCUAAACCUGCUGCUCAUCGGGGUUUUCUUGCUCGUGCUAAAGGAAUACCUGCUUUGGAGUUGUACAGGCUGGCCCAGAAGAAAAAAAGGAAGCUUGUGCUAUGCGGUCAUUCACUUGGGGGAGCAGUAGCUGCAUUAGCUACCCUUGCCAUUUUGAGGGUUAUUGCUGCUUCAUCUUCCCAAAAAGAGAGUGAAAGUGUUCAAGUAAAAUGCAUUACAUUUUCCCAGCCUCCAGUUGGGAAUGCUGCUUUAAGAGACUAUGUUCAAAGAAAAGGUUGGCAUCAUUAUUUCAAGACUUACUGUAUUCCAGAAGAUCUUGUACCUCGCAUCUUAUCUCCCGCCUAUUUUCAUCAUUAUAAUGCACAGCCUCCGUCGGUAACUUCAGAAACUGAAACUAGCAAUUUAUCCACCUCAAAACGUGAGGAAUCGAUGAAUAGACUAAGAGAGAAUGAAGGUGAACAGUUGGUUUUGGGUCUAGGACCUGUACAUAGUUCCUUUUGGAGACUUUCUAGGCUGGUUCCUUUAGAUAGUGUAAGACGACAGCUAAACAAAUACAGAGGGAAAAAAGUUGGUUCUGUUGAAACAUUAUCUACAUCAGAUUCUGCGGCGACAUCUUUAGUGGAAGAUGAAGUUGUAGAAACUCAGUCUCUUGAAAUCCAAGAAAGUUCUGACGGCGUAUCUCUUAAGCCUAUUUCUGACACUGAUAAAGAGAUCCCAAGUCUACCCGCUGGUGACAAGCUUGAUCAAAAAAGUGCUAUGAAAAGUGGGGAUGGUAGGAAAUGGGCUAGAGUGCCUUAUCUUCCUUCAUAUGUACCAUUUGGAGAGCUUUAUUUAUUGGAGAAUUCAUCAGUGCAGUCGCUAUCAGAUGCAGAGUAUUCAAAAUUGACUUCGGUCAGAUCUGUGAUUGUGGAACUAAGGGAACGAUUUCAAUCACACUCGAUGAAGUCAUACAGGUCCCGAUUUCAGAGAAUCUAUGACCUGUGCAUUAGAGAUGAUUCCUCACCUUUCAUAGGAAUGGAGCAGUGGCAGCAGUUCCCUCAUCUGCAGCAGUGGCUUGGCCUUGCAGUUGCUGGUACUGUAGAGCUUGGGGCUAUCGUAGAAUCUCCAGUAAUUCGUACAGCUACUUCAAUUGCCCCUCUAGGAUGGAGCGGUGUACCUGGUCAGAAAAAUGGAGAACCAUUAAAGGUUGAUAUAAUUGGGUUUGGAUUGCAUCUGUGCAACAUUGUUCAUGCUCAAGUGAAUGGUAAAUGGUGUUCAACUACAGUAGAAUCAUUCCCUUUAGCUCCGGCUUACGGGGUACAGCCAGAAUUACAAAAAAUGAGGCUCCUGGUUGGAGCUCCACUGAGACAUCCACCAAUGCAUCAGACCUCGGCAGAUGCGUUUAUGCAUGUGUUUCCUUCUAUUGAUUCUGAAGCAACUAAUCUCAACAGGGAAGUCAACUCAGGAUCAUGUCAUGAGGAAAAAUCACUGCGUCCUGAAGGUUUGAAUGAUUUUUUUGUAUUCUUUACCAGUGACUUCACUACAGUCUCCAAAGAGGUUCACGUACGAACUCGUAGAGUACGGUUACUUGGUCUUGAGGGAGCUGGUAAAACUUCUCUUCUUAAGGCAAUAUUAGCUCGAGGGAGAAUUACUACUUUUAGUAAUAUUGAGAAUCUGCUCCCAGAGGCUGAUGCUCAAGAAGGUAUAGCUGGAGGUUUAUGCUAUUGUGAUUCAGCUGGAGUAAACUUGCAGGAGUUGAGUGCAGAGGCCUCUCUUUUCAGAGAUGAACUGUGGACAGGCAUUCGCGACCUUAAUCGAAAAAGUGACUUGAUUGUUCUUGUACAUAACCUGUCUCAUAGAAUACCUCGCUACUCAAAUGCGUCGCAACAGAAGCCAGCCCUUUCACUUCUGCUGGAUGAAGCUAAAUCACUUGGAAUCCCUUGGAUCCUUGCCAUAACUAACAAAUUUUCUGUCAGUGCGCAUCAGCAAAAGGCUGCCAUUGAUGCUGUUAUUCAGGCAUACCAAGGAUCUCCAAACACCACAGGACUCAUUAACUCCUGCCCAUAUGUUAUUCACACCGCUGCCACUGCUUCUUUGUCUUUGGGUGCCACUGAUGCAAAUUCUGAUGGUAGGAUGGGAGCUCCAAGGCUCAUUUAUGCUCCAAUUAAAUUUUUUCAGCGGCCUUUCCAAAGAAAAGAGACCAUUCUCCCAGUGGAAGGUGUCAACUCGCUUUGUCAUCUGGUCCAUCGCGUUUUAAGGACUCACGAGGAAGCCUCCUUAGAGGAACUUUCUCGAGAAAGGCUUUUGGUGGAAUUGGGGCGAGAUCGUGCAAGGGCAAUCAAUGCACGUAAAGAUUCUGAAGACAGAGAAAAUUCUUUAACAGCUGCAGCUGUGGGAGCUUCCGUUGGAGCUGGUAUUGGCAUUGUAUUGGCCGUUGUCAUGGGUGCUGCAUCUGCUUUAAGGAAGCCAUGAGCUUCCCAUAUUCCAUAAUUGGAGAGAGAGUAGGGUGUACAAUUUUCUUCACUCUCAUUGCCAAUUUGAAGUGGUUACUUGUCUUACCACAGGCCGGGGACUAGCCAUUUAUUCAUUCUAUUCAUGUAAAUUAUUACUGGCAGAGUAUUAAUGUUAAGGUCAGAAAGCUGUGGUACUAGCAUCUUUCCCAA